CAGAAAAGAAAAAGAAAGAAAAGUGGGCGCCGUGCAAACCCAGCCCCUGAUAAAGCAAGGCGCCCGGUGAGGGAGUGGAUGAGGGAAAGCGACGCCGAAAGGAAGGAGGGGACGGCGGGUUCCCGCUCAGUGUCUCCAAUUUAUUUAUUUGAAAGAGUGCCUGUGUACCUGUUCGCGGUGCUCUCUCGGUCACCGGCGGCAGCAGCAGCUUUUCAAACAUGCCAGCGCUGAAGAUCGCAGGCGCUUGAACCCAGCUGGCCGAGGCGCCUAAACCGCGCAGAGCUUCUCUCUCUCUGUGUGUGUUUUAUUAUUAUUUGUAAUAAUUUUUAAAAAGUCAGCGCCGACUCUGUAGACUGCUCGAAAGCAGCAGCCGCGAUACAGAGGAGGGAGGGGGCGUUAAGACCAUCCCUCCGCUUCCCCCCCCCUUUUCCACGACAGGCGACCGAGAAGCCACACGCGCCCCACUUGAUUCUCUUGUUUACUGAACUCCCCAGCGAUGACUUCCGUCCUGGGGAACAGCCGGGCUUCUGGAGCUCCGGGCAGUCAGCUGAAAUGCAAGUCGAAAAGGAGGAGGAGGAGACGAUCGAAGAGGAAAGCAGAGAAUGCAGGGUGGGUUCACACCUUGCUUCCCCGGAUGUCCCAGUGGUUGCAGGAACGUUGUAACACUCCACUCACCUCGUGGCUGGAGGCGACAGACAACCGCCUCUCCACGUGGUUAGAGCCACCUCACGAAAAAGUAAGCAUUCUGUCAACUUUCAUCACGCCCUUCAAGUACUUAAGUCCUGGUACAGCAAAUAUGGAAGAUGAAGACAAUUUAAGUACAAGCAGUGCAGAAGUAAAGGAGAACCGUAACAUUGGCAACCUAGAAGAUCAUCCAAUAUCCUCUAAUGAAAGGUCAAGGGUGGGGGCUUCCAGUAUCAAAAGGAAAAGGCCUCUAGAAGAGGGCAACAACGGGCAUUUCUGCAAACUCCAGCUCAUCUGGAAGAAGGUCUCAUGGUCAGUAACGCCAAAGAAUGCUCUAGUUCAGCUACACGAACUUAAACCAGGUUUACAGUACAAAAUGGUCUCCCAGACAGGCCCUGUCCAUGCACCAGUAUUUGCCGUUGCUGUGGAAGUAAAUGGACUUACAUUUGAAGGCACUGGGCCAACAAAAAAGAAGGCCAAAAUGAGGGCCGCAGAACUAGCCCUCAAGUCUUUUGUUCAGUUCCCCAAUGCAUGCCAAGCUCACUUUGCCAUGGGAAAUUGUUUCAACCCUUCCACAGACUUUACGUCAGACCAGGCGGACUUUCCAGACACUCUUUUCAAGGAGUUUGAACCAUCUACGCACAGUAAGGACUUCUCAGUUUACAACCCGGUUAAUAAUGAAUUGCUUUCUACAGCCUGUCGGCAUGGGAGGUUACUCUACCACACAUUGGACCUAAUGGGCCACACUAAACAAAACAAACACAAGAUGGCAUCCACCGUUGAAAGCGAAAAGAACCCAGUGGUGUUGCUCAAUGAGUUGCGGUCAGGACUGAGGUACGUCUGCCUUUCGGAGACUGUGGAGAAGCAGCAUAUCAAGAGUUUUGUGAUGGCUGUAAGAGUGGAUGGGAGAACAUUUGAAGGCUCGGGACGUAGCAAGAAGCUGGCAAAAGGUCAAGCAGCACAGGCUGCACUACAGGCGCUCUUUAACAUUCGCCUGCCCAGUCACAUUCCCAGCAGGAGUAAAUGUAAUCAUUUGCCACAGGAAUUUGCCGAUUCCAUGUAUCAAAUGAUUACACAGAAGUUUCAAGAGGUGACAGAUAAUUUUGCUACCAUCCAUGCACGUCACAAAUCCCUUGCAGGAAUUGUAAUGACCAGAGGUUUGGAUGUUCGGCAGGCUCAGGUUAUUGUGCUGACAUCGGGUACCAAAUGCAUAAAUGGAGAAUACCUUAAUGACCAAGGGCUUGUGGUCAACGACUGUCAUGCAGAAAUCGUGGCAAGGAGGGCCUUCCUUUGCUUCCUUUACUCACAGCUGGAGCUGCACCUAAGCAAACAACAAGAAGACAGCGAGCGAUCAAUCUUCGUGCGGUUAAAAGAGGGAGGCUACACGCUAAAAGAGAACAUUCUGUUCCAUCUGUAUGUGAGCACUUCGCCCUGUGGAGAUGCACGCCUCAACUCCCCCUAUGAAAUCACAACUGACUUGAACAGCAUUAAGCACAUAGUAAGAAAGUACCGUGGACAUCUUCGGACAAAGAUCGAAUCUGGGGAAGGAACCAUUCCAACCCGGUAUCCCAGUGCAGUGCAGACGUGGGACGGCGUGUUAUUGGGGGAGCAGCUAGUCACAAUGUCUUGCACGGACAAAAUUGCCAGGUAA